UUUGAAUGAGUGUGUUGAUAAACAAUCGAACUGUCAAAACAGUGAAUGCGUGACUCGAUAACAUUGUUUUAAUCUACGAGGAUCUGAUAUUAAUUUAAUCGAUCCAAUCUUUCAGGAUUCAAUCAAAACAAGGUGUUAAACAAAGAGCAAACGUAGAAAAGAAGGUGGUUUACAAAGAAGGAGACAGGAGCAUGACAUCUCGGUUCGCUGUACAACCUGGGCAAGUUUCUGAUGGUAUUAGAACAAAUCGUAAGAUUAGCACACUAUCACACUCCAGCAGGGACCCUGGCGUAUUGAGAGGAAAACGAUCGCGGUGGCUUCUGUCCCGAGGAUACCAGAAAUCACAGGCUGCUUGGCUGGCGGAACACGAGUUCGAAUGCUUCAUUGUGAUGCAUGAGGACAUCAAACCAGUAAAUAAAAGGGUUCCCGAAGAUGUUCGAAUCAUCUUCAACAUCCUGGACGACGAAUCUAGAAAGCGUUGUAAGUGGCUUUUGUGUCGAGAAUACAAAUGGGAUUAUGCUGUGGAACACUCUCACUUGCCUAUGGAAGAAUUGCGCCGUAUUCACCCAGAUAAGCAAUCAUUGUAUUCACGAAAACCAAUCCCAAAACCAACGAAUAUGAGCGUAGGUGCUCAAAAUCGUUACCAGCGGCUGAUCGUCGAUGGCGAUUAUACUGAGCAGGAAGCUGCUGCAUAUGCUCCUUUUCCUAUGUUUUUGGAUAACAGCAUACGUAAGCACGUGAUUCCUAUAGCCGUGCGAAUUGUUCCCGAAGAAUAUCCGGAGACUGUUCUGACUGAAAGCCAAGCUAGCAAAAUGAAAGAUAUCAUCGACCAACAGGUGGCAGACGGUGAUAGCACGCUAGGAGGGCUAGCAGUGAAGCUAGGUGAAAGAUUAUUCGUUGACGGUUAUCUGCUCGUUCCUUGUUUCGGCCCAUCUUCAGUUAAAUGGAUAGAGAUAUGUUUACCAAAAAUUCAAAAAGAACUUGCCGUAUCCUUUAGACUUAUCAAUACGAAGGAAGAAUUAGAAAAUAGAACAAAGAGUAGUGACAAUACAAGUUUGCCAUUCUUAUCGACAAGCUCUCAAAAAAUGCAAAAAAUUUUAUGGAUGAAGGAGUCGUUCGACGAUGAAAUGUUCGAAGAGGAAUUACAUCCAAAAAACACUAUCCAAUUCUGUAAUGAGAAAAGCAGUGGUGGAUCAAAAAAUCAAAGCGGUGAACAGAUUGUGAUUGACGUCAGUUCGAAUAAAGAGUUCGAAACGUUGAAGGACAAAUUUUCUGAAAACGCCGACAAUACAAUUGGGAACGUGAGCUGUAUGUCAAACAAAACAAUCAGCAACAAUGCUAAUACGCAUAAAUCCAUUUCGCUUCAGGGUUCUAACAGUCCUCGUGGUUAUAUUAACUAUAGUCGACAUCAUCCCUACGAAACUAUACGUGAAUCUGCUGGCCACAAUCAUGCCAAAAAGAACUCUGAUAAACCCGACUGGAGAACACCAAAUUUAUGCUCAAUCGGUUCGUCGUUUGGAACGGUUGCUCAUCCGCUAGACAGUCAGAAUGUAUUCGUUCCAAAGACACGAUAAUUAAUCAUUGAUUUCACGUGUACUCUUUUUGUGAAGAUCGGAACUCAGAAAUACGAUAAAAACUAUUGCUGUACUAUAUUAUUUGUACUUGUAUAAUUGGUCUCAUUAAUACAACAUGUUAAAUUUCAAAA